GCUUCUUGUUGCAAGCAUCAGAUAAGUUGUUUUUAGGGAACAGACUUCCUCUCGGUAAAUCAAAAUGGGUCGCAAGAAGAAGAAGAUUGAGAGGCCGUGGUGCUGGUAUUGCAACCGCGAAUUUGAUGACGAGAAAGUUCUCAUACAACACCAGAAAGCGAAGCACUUCAAAUGCCACAUCUGCCAUAAAAAGCUGUUCAGCGGUCCAGGACUUGCUAUUCAUUGCAUGCAGGUACACAAAGAAACGAUCGACAAGAUUCCGGGCGCUGUUCCCGGAAGAGAUUCUUCACAAAUGGAGAUAUAUGGUAUGCAAGGUAUACCACCCGGAUGUUUGAGAGGAGAUGAGGAACCAGAUGCUAAGCGCGAUCGAAAAGAUGACAUGCCGCCGAUGCCACCUGGGCCCAUGCCGUCGAUGCCGCCGAUGAUGCCGGGAAUGCCACCUUUCCCACCAUUUCCAAUGAUGCCUCCGAUGAUGCCCCCUGGAAUGCCUGGAAUGCCACCAUUCAUGCCUCCACCACCUGGAAUGGGUAUGCCACCUGUACCUCCUUACGGCAUGCCUGCCCCUCCCUCAAUGGGAUCUUCAGCUUCUUCUGCUGGACCUGUACCACCGAAAACCGGAGCAGCGGGCGGACCUUCUGAUGAAGGUCAUGUCGAAGGCGGUAGUGAGUAUGACACUGAUUAUCGCAGUGCAGUCGAUUACAACAGAAGUGCUAGGGAUAAUUAUGGUUAUGAGGGUGGUGAUCAUUAUGCCGCGGAUGACUAUGCUAGAGGUCCUCCAAAAGACGAUUAUAGAUCUCCAAGAGAAGAUUUCAAAAAUGCAAGGGUAGAUUAUGGUGCUGUGCCAGGACCAACGUCUGACGAUUACGCUAGGGACGACCAAGAUUCUUAUGCUCGGGGAAGAGGUGACUAUGAUAACCGUGGUAUGCCUCCCUAUGAUAACUACUCGAGAGGAAUGCCGCCUCGUAGUGACGAUUACCCAAGAGUAUCUCGUUUCGAUCGUCCACCUGACGAUCGAAUCCCCGAAAGAGGCCCGAACGAUAAUUAUGGGGCUCCAGCUUACAAUGGAAAUGGCAUGGGUUCGAAUCCAUCAGCGUUGAACUCUUCUGCUGCUGCUGUUGCCAAUAAAAUAGGAGCGAAAACACGGAUUAUUCAUCCUGAUGACCAUCAGACUAUGUCUUUGGGAUACGCUCAUUCUCAAAUGAUAGUCGAUUUGGGUCAUGUUUGUCCAUCUGAGCAAAAACCAUCUUUUCAGGAAGAACGUCGGGCGUUGAUGACUACAGGAUCUCACACGGUCACCAUUUCAUAA